GCGAACGUUUAAAAAAUGAAACUUCUUCUACUUAUGGUUACCGCCUAUAGUGCCAUCUCCGACAUUGAUGUGGUGGGCAAAAAAUGGGAAGCAUACAAACGGGAACAUCAGAAGAACUACGAGAGCGCAUCUGAGGAUCAGCUUCGAAUGAAGAUCUAUUUGGAGAACAAGUUAGAGAUUGGCGAACACAACAAGCGAUAUGAUCGUGGUCUGGAAUCGUUUCGUCUUCGUUUGAACCAGUUCUCUGAUUUGCUUCACUCGGAAUACUUGGACACAUACUGUACAUACAACGAUGGGUUGUCUAAUAGGAUCGCAGGUAAAAGGCGUAGACUAGGCAACAGCUCCGUAUCCUGGAUGGAGCCUGCAAAUGUAUAUAUUCACAAAAAUGUUGAUUGGCGUAAGCAGGGAGCCGUUACGCCGGUUAAGAAUCAAGGAAAAUGUGGAUCGUGUUGGGCCUUUUCCUCUACCGGUGCCGUGGAGGGACAACAUUUUCGCAAAAAGAACAAACUGGUAUCCUUGUCGGAACAGAAUCUGAUCGAUUGUACAUCCAAUUACCGCAACAAAGGAUGCAAAGGAGGCGCCAUUUAUCGUUCUUUCCAGUAUAUCGAGCAGAACCAUGGUAUCGACACGGAAAAAGGCUAUCCGUAUCGAGCGACGGAGGGACCAUGUGCCUACAAUCCGAAAGCAAUCGGUGCCAAAGUGAAAGGCUACGUCCACAUUCCAAGCGGUGACGAGGAUGCGCUCAUGAAAGCCGUUGCCACCGUGGGACCGAUUUCGAUCGUCGUUGAUUCCAGACAACACACCUUCAAGCAUUACGCGGACGGUGUGUACUAUGAUCCUCAGUGCAGCGCGACAAAUCUUACUCAUGCCAUGCUAGUGGUCGGCUAUGGUACGUCUAAAAAGGGCGAGGAUUUUUGGUUGGUGAAAAAUUCAUGGGGCACUAGUUGGGGCAUCAAGGGAUACAUAAAAAUGGCUCGCAAUCGCAACAAUAGUUGUGGUAUAGCCAACAAAGCAUACUAUCCGCUGGUUUGA